GGCCAUUUUGCAAAGGCUAUCAGCAGCUCGAACCCGAAGGGGGUCUCUGAUUAGUUCUAGUGCGACCGCAAUCUCUGCCCCUGGCUCAAGAUGUCUCAGAAGUGGGCCUGUGAGUACGCGUCAUCGCUUUCAAUCACACGAUCACACGAUCCACUUGGCGUUCACUGUACACAGACAGUUCUAGAAAAUUGUUUCAAACACAGGAUUAACAAUGUACACUGCGAGAGGGUCGGCAAGGUGCUGGCAGGGCAGGUGAAUAACAUUACACUAAUUAUCCGUCACGCUAAUGUUCGCACCCCAAACACAGGGAGGGUCCAUCGUCCCAACAGUUGUGCCAACAGUUCGAUAGCGAUCAGAGAGGUUCAGCUUUACGUAACGUAUCCUACGUACGGGCGGCCAGUUGACGAUGGCUUAGCAGCUUAGUGCGCCCAGCCCAGCGCAUCGAUGGCGGGCGGGAUUCUAAGUGCACACGAGGACAAACACUAACAUAUUCUGUGGACCCACAUAGCGAGAGAGUGAGAGAUAGAGAGAGAUAGAGAGAGUGCUAGGGACAGAGGGAAUGGUGCCCGUCUAAUGUUACCGGUGUUAUGAGACACACUCCACGUGCAACUCCACGUUCCAUUAAAUAAUUCGCCGCUGCCGAUGUCUAUGUCGUUGAGUAUACGUUGGUGGAUGGAACUCAUCGAACCGGGCCAUCGGUAACGUUUUCAUUUAGUGGAUUAAAAUAUUCAGUUUUAGCGCAAAGCCUGUAUUCAGCAAAAAGCAACAAACAGUCAGAGUCCCUUUUGCUUAAGCUUCAGAAGCACGGCUGGUCACGAUGCAGCAAAUGUGUGCCUUUGUGUCUAACGAUUUUUCCAAAUGCCAAAUGUCAACCUGAAGGAAGUGGAUGGCGUCCUACAGUGUGGUAGCUAUUGGGUGGCGUUACACGCUGCCCAACCGACCGGUACCUUGUGCGCUGCCACGUGCACGUGACGUCAACACGGGGUAGACGACACUGCACGACACCGGGCGCUGGUUAGUCAGCUUGAAGUUGGAUACUAUUUGUUGCCUUGCCUCUUGCAAUGCUGCCGUGACAACCGAGAUUCCCUCUUUGAAGAGGAAUGGAUUGAAUUCAUCCAAUAUCUCUAGCGCCAACGUACUUAACAGCGAUAGCCUUGGGAAAUAAGUUUUGGCAGAACAAUAUCACACCAGUUUUUUACUGUUUGACAGUCAACUCAAGUUAUUUGACCACUAUAUAGUACAAUAUACCACUAUAUAGUACACACCAG